AUGAUUUUUAAGAUGACUACCUACCUUGGCGAUAAAUACAAUUCAUCAAUACCUGGAUAUCUGAAAGUGUCUGCGCUAAAUAAUGGCAAUCUUUCUGCAAACAACUCCAAUGAGACAGCAAGCAACCUGGAUCCACCUGCCUUGGAUAUCAGUAGGGCAAUAAUUGUGGGGCUUAUCCUAGGUGCCUUUAUACUCUUUGCUAUUAUAGGUAAUAUCUUGGUAAUUCUCUCUGUGGCUUGCAAUAGACAUUUAAGAAUCCCUACAAACUAUUUCAUAAUUAACCUUGCAAUAGCAGAUUUGUUGCUGAGUUUUACUGUCCUUCCAUUCUCUGCUACACUGGAAAUCCUUGGCUACUGGGUUUUGGGGAGGAUAUUUUGCGAUAUCUGGGCAGCAGUUGAUGUGCUAUGCUGUACAGCUUCUAUUUUAAGUCUGUGUGCAAUUUCUAUAGAUAGAUAUAUAGGGGUACGUUAUUCUCUCCAGUAUCCAACUUUGGUAACAAGAAGAAGGGCAAUUUUAGCUCUCCUAGGUGUCUGGGUCCUUUCCAUGGUGAUUUCUAUUGGGCCUCUUUUGGGCUGGAAAGAACCAGCACCCAAGGACGAUAAAGAGUGCCGUAUCACUGAAGAACCAUUUUAUGCUUUGUUUUCUUCUUUGGGGUCAUUUUACAUUCCUUUAAUCGUCAUCCUCGUGAUGUACUGUCGGGUCUACAUAGUGGCAAAAAGGACUACUAAAAACCUGGAAGCUGGUGUUAUGAAAGAAAUGUCCAACUCCAAAGAGCUGACUUUACGGAUUCAUUACAGGAACAUUCAUGAGGACACAUUAAACAGCACCAAAUCCAAGGGUCACAAUCCCAGGAACUCCUUAGCUUUCAAACUUUUUAAAUUCUCUAGAGAAAAGAAGGCAGCCAAGACGCUGGGAAUUGUGGUUGGCAUGUUUAUCUUGUGCUGGCUACCUUUCUUCAUUGUUCUGCCACUAGGAUCUCUGUUUUCGGCUCUGAAGCCCCCUGAAAUGAUCUUCAAGGUAAUUUUUUGGCUUGGCUACUUUAACAGCUGCUUGAAUCCAAUCAUCUACCCUUGCUCAAGCAAAGAGUUCAAGAGGGCUUUUAUACAGAUCCUAAAAUGCCAGUGCCACCGUCGAAAGCAGUUGGGGUGGUGGGCCUACAGCUACAGAAACUGGAAUCGGUGCUCCUUUGAACACCCUAGGAAGGACUCUCUGGAAGACAGCGGGAGUUUCCUAAGUGGCAGUCAGAGGACAUUAUCUUCAGCAUCUCCCAGCCCUGGCUACCUGAGCAAAAUCACUCACCAACAUAUGGAGAUGUGUACAUUCCAGGAAUGGAAAAACUCCAGCUCUUUCCUGAGUCCCUUACAGGAAGGCAGCAGACAAAAGGACCCAUGCCAGUUCUUUACCUUCAAUAUCUUAACAGAGCGCAAUGGACACGUUCCUGCUGGCAGCCAAGCUUCCAGCAAUGGGGACCACGAGGCCAUCUGUGACACGCUGAAUGGCAAAACCAACUGUAGAGAAAACGACGCUGGAAUGAACAGAUUCUAA